CUUACUGUUUUUAAUCUUUUCUACAACAACACAAGCUGAAGAACAGGAGUGAAAAUGUCUUCGUCUCCUGGUAUCCAGUCUCGGGAACAUGUGGACAUGCUUUACAUCUCCAUUGAGACAGCUAUCGCCCUGGCCUCAGUGCUGGGGAACGUGCUGGUGGUGCUGGUAGUUUGUGUGAACCGAGCUCUCCGCAACACCACCUUCUGCUUCAUUGUGUCUCUGGCAGUGGCUGACAUCGCUGUAGGGCUUCUGGUCAUCCCUCUGGCCAUCAUCAUCAGUCUUGGAUUUAGCACCCAGUUCUAUACUUGCCUGUUCCUCUCCUGCCUGCUCCUGAUCAUCACACAGAGCUCCAUUCUGUCCCUCCUGGCUAUCGCCAUUGACCGAUAUCUGCGAGUCAAGAUUCCCACUAAGUACACUACUAUAGUGACCCAGAGGAGGGCAUGGGUGGCGGUCUGUCUCUGCUGGAUCCUCGCCUUUCUUACCGGGUUGGUUCCAAUGAUUGGCUGGAAUAACCGCGAUGCCCAAGGAAACCUCAGCAGCUCGAGUGACAUUGUCUGCCAAUUCACAACCGUCAUGAGGAUGGACUACAUGGUGUACUUCAACUUCUUUGGGUGGGUGGUGGUGCCCCUCACCAUAAUGAUUUCUCUGUAUGCCGAGAUCUUCAGGGUGAUUCGACGGCAGCUUAACCAGCGUGCUGAAGCUACCUGUGAUGGAGACAGGUAUUAUCAAAAGGAGCUGAAGCUGGCCAAAUCUCUAGCCUUGGUGGUCUUCCUCUUUGCUGUGUGCUGGCUGCCCAUACACAUCAUGAACUGCAUCACCUUCUUCAGCCCACAAUGUCAGAUACCUAAGUUUGCCAUGUACGCCGGCAUCUUCAUGUCUCAUGUGAACUCGGCACUCAACCCGAUGGUUUAUGCAUUCAGGAUAAAGCGGUUCCGUGUAACACUAAUUCAGAUCACUCGUCGAUGCAUGUUAUGUAAAUCCACGGAACCCACAUCCUGUACUACUAUCACACCAGCCCUGACAGAGAAAGUGGAUCUGUAACAGUGACUGCACCAUAGCUUAUGAUAAAUGCAUGGAGCAACGAUGACACUAAUGGGAUUAAAUUACACCUGGAGCUUCAGUCAUAAAAUGGACACCAAGUGGUUCAUUUUCAGUCAUGGAAUAAUUUCAUGUCUUACUUAUUCAUGUUCUCUUCAUUUAUUCAGGUUUUAAGAAAAUAUGCCUUUAAUCAGGGAAAAAAUAAUCCUCUGGUUUUCAUUAUUUUGUAUUUAUGAAUUGUUAUCUCAGUUGAUUCAUAUUGAAUUAGAAAAAAGUAGUCUGAGAGGAAGCUUGUUCAUCUUCAUGUAAUAUGUCCAUUUCACCUCACAUAUGCCUACAUAAUCCUACAUUUAACACAAAAAGAAUUGCAAAUGCUUAUUUUGAUCUUGCGUAACCACAUGAAGCAAAGCAAAGUGCUCUUAGGAUUUAUUGCGUAAGAUCAAUAUAGAGUACAGUGUACACUGAAGUUUGAUGUUUCAUGGAAAUCCAUUUAAUAAAUAGAGAGGGAGAAAAGAAAGUGAGAGAGGUUGUGCCUGGAAUGCAAAUUAAUAUUGAAAUCUCUAUACCAGAGGAAACAAAACUCUGCCAUUGCCUAGGAGAAUCUCCCAUUAGUCCUUAUUAGAAAUUGUUGCUCAUUCAGCUAAUUUAAGCCAUAUUUCUAUGACUGGAUGUUGAAAAGGCAGUGAGGCACUUGAAUAAUUACCUACAGAACAUUAAGGCUGAGGUGAUUUAUUCCAACUCUGCUGAAGCCCCCUGCUUUGUCAUCACUUCUUCUGCCUGGUUCUGCUUCAUGUGUCACUGCCUCCACAUACAGUAUUUAACACUGAAGAAACCUCAGGCUAUAACCUGGUUUCAAAGAUGCAUGUUGAAUAUUUUUGCUAUCUGAUAUGUUCACCACACUUUAUACUGUAAGAGAGUUUCUCUCAGGUAUUCUGACCAUCUGAGACUAGAAGAUUUGACUGGUUUCAUUUCAACAUGGUAUUGUUUUAAACUUCACCCUCUAUCUCUUCAUCUCCAUUUAUCUCCCCCUCACAAACACAUCAAUGCGCAUUUUUACCAUCUGUCACCUUCAUCCUUGUGGAGGGAUUUGAAACUGCUAAGUAUGGUCUAAUCUGCAGCCAGUGUCUUAGUGAGGUAGAUGCCGCAUAACCAACGUGGCAUUUAUUGCACCACACUCCUGUCGGCAGGAACUUACCAGAUACUUGGGGAAGUAAGCAUGGUGUAGCUGUGGAGACAAAACACUAUUUUUGCAUUUUAUCCUCAUUCUAUCCAAAAGGCUAAUCAGCAUUGAGACAAUUGAAGGAUUUUAAGUUUCAGCACUGCAAUACAAUAAAAUGGCUGCAGAUGGAGCAGAAGAUGGCCAUGACCUGGAGGCACCUGAGGAGGAGAUGGAUGAUGAACAGAGAAAUUUGAUACACUUAAGUAAAUACCACGAAAGCCGUCGUGCACUGCCUUGGGAUCAGUGGACCUUCAAGGAGAAGACCAACUAUUGCAUUGACCGCAUUUUUCUUAUGUUCCUUAUCAUGUUUUUGCUUGUACUGUUUGGAGAAUGCUGUUAUAAAAUGUGGUAUGUGACAAAUGUUAAUAAGAUUAUAGAGUUUGUGACAGAUUCAGUGGUGUUUUUGUUUGACUGGCUCUUUGCUCAGGAGAAACAGGAGGAGUUGAUUGAAUUAUAGGUUUAUAAUGCAGCAACUAUGCAGUUUGCUCAACAUUACUAUCUGCAUUUCCACUUUGUUUUACUGAGGCAAUCUAUUAUUUUCUACAAUGCUUUAGGUACCUGUGAUAUCUCAAAUGUGCAUAUUUACAUCUUAACUAUACAUUAUGUCAGAAUGGUUUCUGAAAAUUAUUUUAGACUGUGAAUCCACUGAAAUAAACCAGUUUAUGCAAAUAA